CGGAGCAUGAAAAAAACCACGGUUCCAUCUUUAAUUCUGGUUCAACUGAAAAGUGAAAAUCGGAGAUCGGUCUAUUACCCUCUCAUUUUCUGAAUUAAAAAACGACCCUAUCCCUCUCGGAUAAAAACCCACGGCUGCACUAGUCCACUGUAACCCUCGCACCCCUUUCUUCUAAGUUCAGGAGGCCAGCGGAAUAGUUCACAAGCACCUGCUCGGCUUCAAUCUGCAUUCUCUACCCCCACCGCCGUUCGAUGUCAGAUUCGUCCGGAUAACCACCGACACCUUGAUUAUGUUUUGUACAGAUCUAACUCACAGAAGGUACUUCAAAUUACAAUGAUGACCGAGAAGGCUAUUGGAAGUCUUCAGACCCUCCCUGCUGCUGAGAAAACUGUAACCAUAGUUGAAGCUGAUAUUAAUGAAGAAGUGAAGCUUAACUCUGGAGUAGAGGGAGGAAGUUCAGAAGUUGAAUACAUUGAGUCAGAGAAUCUGAAAGAUGUAGAAGAUGUAGAUACUAGCCUGAAGACACUCUCAGCAGGUCUGGAAUCCAAGGACUGGGUUUUAGUUUGUGAGACACUCAAUGAUGUACGCCGUAUAUGUAUAUUUCACAAAGAAGCUAUGCUUGAGAUGCUGGAAAAGGUAAUCUCCCUAGUUGUAAAAUCACUGAAAAACCCAAGAAGUGCUGUUUGCAAAACUGCAAUCAUGACAUCUGCUGACAUUUUUAAAGCAUAUGGUGAAAGCGUAGUUGAUACAAUGGAUCCACUGCUUCUUCAACUUCUUCUGAAAUCUUCUCAAGACAAGCGAUUUGUUUGUGAGGCAGCUGAGAGAUCCUUAACCAUAAUGACUACUUGGGUUUCGCCAGCUCUAUUGUUACCCAAACUGCAACCUUAUCUUAAAAACAGAAACCCUAGAAUUCGAGCAAAGGCAUCAACGUGUUUUUCUAAAAGUGUACCAAAUCUGGGGCCUGAUGGAAUAAAAGCAUAUGGUCUCGAGAACUUGAUCCAAGUCGCUGCAUCUCAGCUCAGUGACCAGCUUCCAGAGUCCAGGGAAGCAGCUCGUGCUCUUAUAUUGGAAUUGCAGACUGUGUAUGAGAAGAUUACAACAGUGGAGGGGAUUGUGAAGGAACCAGAAGAAACUACCACCUCCUCUUGGGAGCAUUUCUGCCAAUCAAAGCUCUCACCGUUAAGUGCCCAAGCUGUCCUUCGAGUGACCAAUGUUCCCAAGGGGGAGGAUUUUCAGUAAGUGUCUCUUGUUUUGCCUACGUUGUUGUGGUUCAGUUUCUUAAAUAUACACCUGUAUAUACCCGUGAAGAUUGAGAUGACACGAGGGGCUGAGGGGGGGGUUGCCAUCAUUUUUAGUUGAGUUAUAUAUAGAUCCUACAGUAGACUACGCACCUAUAUGAUCACCUCUAUUGCUAUUUGUUGCAGUUGAUGAAUAUUAUUACGUCUUGAUAAUACCAAUGACUGAGAAGCUGGAUGAAUAUUAUUGCUAUUAUAACAAUUAAAUAAAUCUUUGGCCUAUUUUAAGCCAUGUUCCUGAUUUCCGUUCCGUUUGCAUAGUGUGUGUACCACAAUAUAUCAAUUCGAUCAGCCAUUUUGAAGGAAGGGAAAUGAUGACCAGUCAUAUGUAAGCUAGUCCUUUGACCAUGGACGGUCAUGAUUAGCUCUUGUACAUGUGUUGCAACACAAAUUUAGAUUGAUAUCUGUUAGGUACCUCUAAAUAGUCACUGGGCAUGUGGCCAUGUCGGUGGAUUGUGGGGGGUGGGAUUCUUAGAGCAUGUGCUGGAAUAAAAAACCGGACUGGGUAUUGAUCCGUGUUCAUCCAAAGUGUUAAUGCAUUUAUGCAGGAGUACAUAACGAAGUCAUAUAAGAAGUUUUGUUAAAGAUGGUUUAAGGAACUAUGUUAAAG